GCCAUUGCAAGAAACCAUAUUUUCUCUCAAUUCUCUGCAAAAAAAAAUAAAGAAAUCCAAGAAAACCCUUUUUCUCUCAUUCUUUGCAAAAAAAAAAAAAAAAAAUUCCAAGAAAAUCCUCCGUUCUCACCCAUGGAUGAUCAGGAAGGUCUUAAAUUGCAUAGUUUGUUGUCUAAAGUACUACUCGAUCUGGUUGAAUAUGCAGAAAAACUGGCGGAUCUUAAGGAGCAGAUGGAAGGAGCUGAGGAUUUUCCAGAGUUUACGAAGGAAGACGUCAAGGGGUGGGUUCAAAAAUGCGGAAAGUUCUUUGAUGAUAACCCAGGUCGAGUACCAGAAAAAUACCAAGCGUUGAUCGUUUCUCUGUAUCUGGACGAGGAGACGCUAGAGUGGCAUGAAAGAUUCAUGAAGAGAAGAAGUAAGCCACCAAGCUGGAAGAGCUAUGUCACUUCUUUGAUUCGAGAUUGUGGGGAAAAGGGCGCAAGAAAGAACUCAGGGAAAGCCCCUCAACCUCAAGAGCAUGAAUCUGGCCCAUCUGGGGACCUUCCUUCAACAACCCUAAUCAGAAUGGAAAGAAAGAUGAAGGGUUUGUGUUUCAACUGCGAUGAGAAGUAUACCCGAGGACAUAAUUGUAACGGAGAGAAAUCCAAGAAAAUUGAAGAAAGCACCGUGGGUGGAAUUCAGUGCGAGAUUCCAUAUAUUUCAGGGCAUGCUCUGAUGGGUUGGCGUGCUAAUCAUCCCUUGAGGCUCGUAGCUUCUGUUGAGUCUACUCCCAUCAAGAUUCUGGUAGAUUCAAGCAGCACUCAUAAUUUCUUGAAUCCUGCAAAAGUUGGGGGGAUGAGUUUCUCUGCUGUAUUCGGAAAUGCUUCAAAAUUUUCUACUGGAAAUGGCAGCGUGGAGAAGGGCUCAAUCUGCAAAGGGUUUAAAUGGAGAAUAGACAGCAUUGAGUUUGAAACUGAUGUGAUAGGGCUGACCCAACUGGAGGUAUGUGACAUGGUUCUUGGAAACCAAUGGCUAGCUACUUUAGGCACUGUUGUUUGGGAUUUCAAACAGUCUAGAAUUGGAUUCACUUAUCAAGGAAAGAAGACAGUUUUGAAGUCCUAUGCUGAGCAUGAAUGGCAAAAGGUUGGGACAUCUCAGGAAAUUGAUGAUUCGGGAAAUAGAGCUGGAACUGAGAGUGAUAUACCAUGCAUUUCUGCACAUUCCCUGCAUGGAUGGCCUGCUAAUAUUCCCAUGAGACUCAUAGGUUAUGUCCAAUCAACUGCCAUCAAGAUUUUGGUAGAUCUUAGCAGCACCCAUAAUUUCUUGAAUCUCAAGGAAUUUCUGAGGAAGAGGAAUGGUCGGUCCAUUAUUACCUUGUGUAACUUGGGAAAUAAUGAUGUGGAAGUGGCUGGUGGAACAAAUUACAAGGGGAAGACCAGAAUUUGCAAAGGCUUUAAAUGGACAAUAAUGAACAUUGAGUUUGAAUCUGAUAUGCUAAUGCUACCCAUUGAAAACGGAUGUGAUGUGGUUUUGGGAAAUCAAUGGCUUGCAACUUUAGGCCCUAUUUUAUGGGAUUUCAAACAGUGCAGAAUGCAAUUUGCUUACCAAGGGGAGAGGGUUAGUUUUGAGUCUUGUGCUGAACCCGAAUGGCAAUUGUUUGGCCAAAAUGAAGUGGAUCAGUUGAGGCAGUCACUCUUACAGUCUAUGGAGAUCAAUGGUUGAAGAAGAUUGGUAAUUCCUUCACAUUUUUGUGGUUUAGUUUUUGCUUUAAUCAAACAAAUGUUAUAUUUCAGUUUUGUUUUAGUCAAAUAUAGUGAUUUUUCAUGA